AUGCCGAGCGUCAGCGGCGCUUCGGCGGGAAUGCCGAUCGUCGGCGGCGCUUCGGCGGGAAGGCCGAGCGUCAGCGGCGCUUCGGCCGGAAUGCCGAGCGUCAGCGGCGCUUCAGCGGGAAUGCUGAGCGUCGGCGGCGCUUCGGCGGGAAGGCCGAGCGUCAGCGGCGCUUCGGCAGGAAUGCCGAGCAUCAGCGGUGCUUCGGCGGGAAUGCCGAGCGUCGGCGGUUGGGCGGAGACCCAACCGUCGCCGGAAGGAUCGGCCCUCUCUGGUGGCGCCGGGAAGCGGAGCAGAGGAAGAGACGAUCCGGCCGACGAUACCAGGGAGGGUUGA